UCAGGGCGCGUCCAGCUCGGGAGUGUUGUAACCCCUAACAAACAUGGCAGCUGCGACAAGGAUGCGGACGUGGAGCUGUUCGACUAGAGGAGCUCUCUGUCCUUGGCUGUUCGUUUUUGUAAUCUUUCUCAAUUCUUUAAGUGAAAUUGUCGCCGCGCCAGAGACUGGGGUUUGGCAAAUUGUGGUUGUUAACACAUCAAGACCACUUCUACUAAAGAAAGUUAUGUUUAAGGACACUGAUAUUGAAAUGAAAGUUGUAUAUUCUGAUUGUCCUGAAGAGAUGACCUUCACUAUCCACUGGCUUUUAAAAUACUGUCCGUGUUACAAUGAAUUCAACAAUGUCGAAGAAAUAUACGAGAUGACACCUUUGAAUCGUGGGGAGAGUCUGGAUCCAAACCCUCUUGGAAAAGGAGAAUACAUUGAACACAGACACAGUCCAAUAACAUGUAACGGGGGAGUGCACUCGUUUCCAAUGCUUCGAAAAGCCAAGGCAGAACCACGUCCACUCGGCCCUCCCUUCCAGAGUGACGAUCCAGAUGAAAAUCCGGCUAAAUGGAUGACUGAGGAGUAUGAUAGCAGCGGCACGGCGAGUAAUGGCAGCAUGAGCGUGAAAGACAACGUGAUAGCCACCACGUGGCGAGAUGGGCCAUACCUGCUGGUCGUUAAGAUUGCAUCUAGCAAAGAGGAGGCAAACUUGAAUUUAACAGUUAAUGUUGUCAUGAGAGGCAGCCACGGCUACAUUUCGGUUACAGAAUGGCCUCUUAUGAUUUUCUACAUGGUAAUGUGCAUAGUGUACAUCCUGUACGCCCUGCUGUGGUUUAUCUGGGCAGCCUGCUACUGGAAAGAUCUGCUGAGGAUCCAGUUCUGGAUAGCAGGGGUCAUAUUCCUUGGGAUGGUGGAGAAGGCGGUCUUCUGUGCAGAAUAUGAAAACACUAACACUGUUGGUUCUGCUUCUCCAGGCUUGUUGAUCUUUGCCGAGUUGGUCUCUGCACUCAAAAGGACUUUGGCUCGAUUACUGGUCAUCAUCGUCAGUCUGGGCUAUGGCAUCGUGAAGCCUCGAUUGGGAUCUGUGAUGCACAGAGUUGUAGGGCUUGGUAUCCUCUACUUUUCCUUUGCUAGCAUUGAGGGUGUCCUGAGGAUUACAGGGGCAAAAGACUCUGACUUGGCCCUGCUGGCCAACAUUCCCUUGGCACUGCUUGAUUCCUCUUUAUGCUGCCUUGCACAAACCAUCAAAACCUUAAAGCUGAGGAGAAACCCUGUGAAGUUGUCCCUCUACAGGCACUUUACAAAUACACUGAUAUUUGCUGUAAUAGCUUCCAUUAUUUUUCUGGGUUGGAUGACAAAAAAGUUUCGAUUUGCAGAAUGCCAGUCUGACUGGAUUGAAGUGUGGGUAGAAGAUGCUUUCUGGAGGUUCUUGUUCUCCGUCAUCCUGCUUGUCAUAAUGUUUUUAUGGCGGCCGUCUGCAAACAACCAAAGGUAUGCGUUCACACCUCUCAUUGACGACUCUGAUGAUGAGGAGAUUGAAGAGUUCAUUUCCUCUGCAAACCUUGCUGAUGGUAUAAAACUGAGAACAGCAAAAAGUGAGACAAACGGCACAGCGAGGCCCACAGAAACGAACCCGGAUGAAGACUUGAAAUGGGUGGAGGAUAACAUUCCUAGCUCUCUAACGGAUGUGGCUCUUCCAGUAUUGCUUGACUCCGAUGAGGAAAUCAUGACGACCAAGUAUGAGAUGUCAAAGCUUGACUGAAGGUAAACGUCUCCAACCAUCUGCCGACAUGAAGGGAGAACAUAGCAGCUGUCCCUGACUCUGAAGCGGGGUUUUCUCUGGGAUUUCCUGGCAAAUGGUUCUGGAGUGCCAUUUCAUUUUUCAGCAGAUAGGACUUCAAAAGGUGAUGCAGAGAGCAGUUUCAUGGGAGCCUCCGUCGAUUUUCUUCAUAAUUAAGUAUUCUACAAGAGAGAGACUUUUUUCUGAUCAGCAGGUUCACAAUUUCCCUCACUGGACCAGUUUUGAUCUUCCCAAAGAAAGUGUUUUUUUAUAUAAAGUUUUCACUUCUGUUAUGUCUCUAGAAAUUCAUUUAUCUGGCAGAUCUAAUGGGCAUUCAUAAUACCAUACUCCCAAAUACACAUGAUAUGUCUCCCUGAUUAAACUUUGUGUUAUUGAUGAUGCAUAAGAUGAAAAUGAAAUGUUUCUUCCAGUAAAUAACUUAAAAAAAUAUUUAUUAAAGUUAGUUUUCAGUUAAAAGUCAGAUAGUUUUACUAAAGUGAUUACUGGUUCACUUCAGCCAGCCAAUCACACACAGAGUUAUGAAUUUAAGGUUUCCAGAAGGUGGGAAUUCAGUAAGCUGUAUGCAUUUCUUCUAUGUGACUCCGAAUGUCAGAUGCACAUUUUUUUUUUUUUUAUACCAGAAUUCAAAUCUGGAAAAAAGUCACUGUUUCAAACAGAAACACUGUAACCCCGAAUAUCUGCUCUUAAUGCACUUUGGAGAUCAAAGCUGUGCCUACAUGUCAUUCCGGUGUGAGGCCUCAUCCAUUCAGUUGUUGAGAACAAUAUGAAUUAAAGUGUCUUUCAUGUCUCAGAUGGAAGUCCGUCGUCCUAAACCUUAGUGAAUGUGUGUGAAAGGGAGAGGGACAACAAAUUCUUUCAAACUGAAUUUAAAUGUAGAUGGGUUAGUUCAGUAGUGGAAAAUGAGGGUUUUUACUGUCAUGUCCUCAAACUGCUGUAUGUCUAUGGGUGAGCAGUUUUUGUGUUUUCUGAAAUAAGAAGCAAUAUAUGCUGUAUGUCUCUUUUUGCAGGGUGUUUUUGUUAUUUAUUAUUUUCCUUUUUCCAAGUGUACUUAAGUUAAUGCCUGUUUUUACCCGUGUUUACUUGAAGUGUGCUUCCAUCUUCAAACAGCACUGUUUUUUGUCACCUUCCUGGCAAUAUUUGCAUUCUGUAUGAUUAAAUCAUGUUUUUGGUUUCAGAGACAUCAUACGAUGUCUUUGCAUGUUCUUUGAGUUAAGUCUUAAUCAUUUUUAGUCUGAAUAUGUUCUUUUUUUUUUUUAAGUGGUUGGCCUGCUGUUGUCAGUAUGCGUAUGGAGCUGGUACACUAUCAUCCUUGUACGUGUUGUUUUGAAUAAAUGUCACAGCAAAACUAGUAACUUUUGUCUGUUUGUCUUGGCAAUCCCACGUCAGAACACAUGUUGUAGGUUAUGUGGUUAGCAGAGGCCGAUCACCUAAAUAGGA